AUGGAGCUAUUCUUGGCGUGCUCAAAAAGCAUCCCACGCCCAUCGGAGGAUAUCGGCUCUUUAUUGAACCGUUGGAUUGUUGGCGGGUUGGACCGCAUAUGCCCCUCCAUCUCCUGCAUUUCUGCCCCGGUUUUUCAUGUCUCCUUCUCAUGUCUGCCCCUCCUUCUUGUGCCCACACCUCCUUCCCACGCCCGCGCCUCCUUCUCUUGUUUUGCAUUUUCCUGUUCGCCCCGGCUCCUUUCCGCCUGGUUUCAGGCAACUGACAUCAUCUACGCGACGACACCUUCAUGCUCAUUUUCCACGAGAGAACCGUAUUGGGUCAGACUACAACACCGUCUUUCUCGAGCCGACACUGCUUCCUGCACCAGACCCAAUCGCAAUGAGACGGCCUCUCGUCUCCUUCCGAUCUUGUCGACUUCGGAUUAUUCAUGCUUCUUCGUUGCUGGCUUCUGGUAUUACAAACUAGAACCUGAUAACGAAGAGCUUUGGAAAGGAAGCGAGAAAUCAUACGUUAUUCCUCCUGUCCAUCGGUCCGGAUCUCGUCAUGGCAUUCCCUCUACUCGAGUCGAGGCCGCUAAGCGAGACCUAUGCCCUGUGCUUCCCGAGAUAAUUAUGGCUCAGAUGCCUGGUGGGGUUCCCGUGGGAACAUUUUAUGUGCCUCGCACAUGCACUCCCAUCCAAAGCAUCCUUGGCAUGCCACGCAAGUGGAUAGAUGACUGGCGGGUCACCAUUGUGUCCUACCUAAUGGAUUCUGCACGGCGUAAUUCAAAAGCAAUAACACCUCGUUCAUCGUCCAUCCACCCAGGUCAUUGUGGAAGACAUAUAAAGACUGCCCUAAAAGCCCAUAGGCACGAAUUUGAUUCAAUUACUGCUCACUGCCAGAAACAACUCAGCGGCUUCAGAUCCAUAUAUCACAUCCCUUUAAUAUUCCUUCCAAUUAGCCGUGAUGGUGCCCGGAAUCCAUUGUGGCGAUGCCUUCGGCGAGUAUGCAUCUAUCUCAUUCAAUCGGCUUUAGUGGCUACCCUAGUCUUCCUUUCAUUUUCACUUGGCGUCUUUCUAGGCCCCUAA